CUUGCAGUCAUUCCGCCCAUUCCCAACAUACCCUCCCCGCCAACGUCUAUCCCUCUCUACUUAUCUAUUUCUUCUCCCUUACCGGACACCUACCUUCCCCUUCCUUCUUUCCAUUUACCCUUGUAACACCCGCAUACACGCACAUAGACGCGAACGAAGUCAAACGAUAACUCGGCGCAACCAGAUAGAAAAGCCAGUUCGGCAGCAUACCCGCCUCUUGUGGCCGAGGCUAUACACCUUUUACAAUUUCACUUCUUUAGUUUGACUGUACGAUGGGCGAAGGGGACGGGAACAUCAAGGUCGUCGUCCGAUGUCGACCUCUGAACUCGCGCGAGCUCGCGCGCGGUGCGAAGCCGCUUAUCCGGAUGCAGGGGAACCAGACGUUCCUCGACCCUCCCGAAGCAGGCUCAGCGCAGGAUACCAAACGCGCGACGGAACGUAAGACGAUGGCAUUUGGCUUCGACAAGUCAUACUGGUCAGCAGGACCACGCGACGAGCCGGGCUACUGCUCGCAGCAGACACUAUUUGAGGACCUUGGGAGGGAGCUGCUCGAUCACUCGUUUUCAGGUUUCAAUGCGUGUAUCUUCGCAUAUGGCCAGACUGGAUCGGGAAAGUCUUACAGUAUGAUGGGCUACGGUGCUGACAAGGGUAUCAUCCCUCUCACUUGCAUGGAACUCUUCUCGCGCUGCGAUAACAAGAAAAUGUCGGAUGCAAACCUGAACUUCACGGUGGAAGUGUCUUACAUUGAGAUCUACAAUGAGAAAGUGCGAGACCUACUUAACCCCAAGAAUAAUGGCAACCUUCGUGUCCGUGAACAUCCGAGCUUGGGUCCGUACGUCGAAGAUUUGUCGAAACUCGUCGUCAGCAGUUACGACGAGAUGAUGCAGCUCAUGGACGAGGGUAACAAGGCGCGAACAGUUGCGGCGACGAACAUGAAUGAGACAUCAUCUCGUUCACAUGCUGUCUUCACGUUACUUCUGACUAUGAAGAGGCAUGAUUCAGAUACAAACCUCGACACCGAGAAGGUGUCCCGCAUCAACUUGGUCGAUCUUGCUGGCUCUGAGCGUGCCAACUCCACAGGUGCAACUGGGCAGCGCUUGAAGGAAGGUGCCAAUAUCAACAAGUCGCUCACAACGCUGGGUAAGGUCAUUUCCUCACUCGCCGUCGCCAGUGGUCAGGAUGUCAAGAAGGGCAAGAAGGGCAAAGCCGAGGAAUUCGUUCCAUACCGUGAUUCCGUUCUCACGUGGCUUCUCAAGGACAGUUUGGGUGGCAAUUCGAAGACGGCAAUGAUAGCUGCCAUCGCUCCAGCUGAUUACGAAGAGACCCUCAGUACGCUGCGAUACGCUGACCAGGCCAAGAAGAUCAAGAACAAGGCCGUUGUCAACGAAGACCCGAAUGCGAAGCUAGUGCGCGAGCUCAAGGAGGAGCUCGAGAUGCUGCGCGCCCGAGUGUCGGGAUCGACUGGCGAAGACACGUUCGAUCCUAAGGUCCCGCCUGAAAAGCAGAAGGUCACCUACCAGGCCAAGGAUGGCACGAUUAAGACGGUCACCAAGGCAGAACUGCAAGAGCAGAUGGAGACGAGCGAGAAGCUGAUGCAGAGCUUGAAUGAGACGUGGGAGGACAAGAUGGCCCGCACGCAAGAGGUGCAGAAAGAGCGCGAGAAGGCACUCGAAGAGCUCGGUAUCUCGGUUGAGAAGAAUAUGGUUGGUGUGCAUACACCAAAGAAGAUGCCGCACCUGGUCAAUCUGAACGAAGAUCCCCUCAUGAGCGAGUGUUUGAUUUAUCAGCUAAAAUAUGGAUCGACCGUGGUUGGCCGACUCGACAGCGAGAAACUCGCCGCCAUCCGGCUGAGUGGCGACAACAUCUCGGAGGAGCACUGUUACUUCGAGAACAACGACGGCAAAGUCACGUUGCAUGCCAUGCCUGACAGUGUCACUUUCCUGAACGGCAAACAGAUUGUGCCAGACCAUCCGUACAGACUGCGCUCCGGGUACCGCAUUAUUAUGGGGGAACAUCACGUCUUCCGCUUUACCAACCCCGAGGAGGUUCGAAAGCAGCGAGACCGCAUAACUGCACGCUCAAACUUGCAUAUGAGCGUGACUGCCGCUGACCUCGAAAAUGGCGCUGGGACACCUACGCGUUCCGAAUCACGUGCUUCAACCUCCUCGCGCGAAGAUGAAGCCGACGUCGACUGGAAUUUUGCUCGUCGAGAAGCUGCUCUUGCUCGACUAGGAUUAGAUCCAACACUUGACAACCUCCCGGAUGAAGAGAUCAACAAGCUCUUUGAUCGCAUUACUAAGGUGAAAACCAUGCGAGACCAUAAAUCGGGGUCGUUGCGGCCCGAAAGCAGUCUCAGUUUGCGAGAUGACGUAUGGAGCGAAUCAGGUCGACCAUUCUCAAGUGAUGCAACUGACGACACGAGCGUAGACGCUGGGCCUAGCCACGGGAGCCCUGACGGUGAUAGGCCGUUAAAGGAUGUACAACACCAGCUCGAAUCUCGCCUCCAGGCGAUCACCGAGUCUUCUAUAGAAGCUGACGACCUUAAGGAGGAGAAAGACCAUAUGGAGCACCAACUUCAGCUCGUCCAGAAGCAGCUUCGACGACUCAUAGAGGCCCGAGCGCGAGGUGACACGGAAACAGACAUUACCCAGUUCGAGCCUGUUAUCUACACGGCUCGACAGCUCCGGCUCAUACGUAAGGUUCUCGACCAGUGGCGCGCACACAGAUCCUUUUCUAUGGCCGAAAUUGUCCUGUCGAAUGCCGUUUAUCUCAAAGAGGCUAAUGUGAUAAGUAAAGAGCUUGGAAAAGAUGUCUCGUAUAACUUUACCAUCGCCUCUGGAGGAUCCUUGGCCCGACCCAAUUCCGGCGUGGACUCCAUUGGUGGCCUCGACGAGUUUGGUGAUGUUGCAGAUCCCAUUCUUGCAUCGGCUACGCAGCCAUCUGUGGCCGUUAAGGUUGUAGACAAACGUCACAAUGCUGUGUAUACAUGGUCGUUGGACAGAUUGCAGCAGCAACUUGGUCGAAUGCGCAAUCUCACGACUUACAUCGAUCGACCUUCCUUUACCCAACACUUCUCCUCGGACGAAUCCUUCUACGACUCUCCUCCGCCGUCCUACUCAUUUAUUGGAAAUGCCUUACUCUCUCUUGCAACCCUCUCUCGUCGGUUAUCCUCCACCUCUACUGUCCCGAUAUUCUGCCGGUACACAUCGGAAGCCAUCGGUUCAUGUCGUAUCGACGUGAAGAUAACUUCAGUCACACAGUCCUUGAAGCAUGGCUCGAACUCCGCCGCUUCAACUCGACCGGCUUCCCCCGCCUCGAAUGUCAUCGCAGCUGGUAGCAAGAUUUCGUUCCUGCUCUCGGUAGAUUCUGUCAAAGGACUGUCCUCCCAUGAGUUUGCUUCAGUGCAUCUGCAAAUCCGGCUUUCGUCGAUCGUGGGACCAUCUCUGAUUUCUGAGGAGAUAUUUCCAUCGUCGACACUGGAUAUGGACAUGUCUUCUCUAACAGACUUGAAGUUCCGCCGCAGUUUCACGAUUAAGGCAACUUCCAAGGUUAUUGCUCAUUUGCGACAAGGCUAUGCCCCGAUAGAAUUUUUCUCGGCCGUCAAGCCAACUUACAUGGAGCGUUUGGAACGCUGGGACGAAAUGCGGGAAGUCCGAAAUCAGCCCCGACAGCCCUCGCCGACGGAUGAACAAUCAUCUCUGCAUCCUAGUCCUAACACCAGUGCUAGCGUCUUGCCGCAAAUGCGCCGAUCCGAAACGGACUUCGUUGUCGAACAACGACACGACGUCGCGGUCUGGAUACAGAUACAGGAGCUUGGCGCAGAUGGACAAUACGCCCCAGUUCCUGUUCUUUCCCAGGGCACCUUAGAUCCCGGGGCCUUCUCGCUACAUCAAGGUCUGCAGCGGAGAGUCGUUCUGCACCUUUCUUCAGACUCUGGCCAACAGUUCCCGUGGACGGACGUCACCAAGAUACGAAUCGGCAACGUCCGUCUUCUUGAUCCCAAGGGGCGGAUAUACGAUUCUACCUCAAAGGCGAUGAUCACGCUCCCUCUGAUGGCUGAACAGGUCGUUGAAUUCAGACCCGAUGGGACAGGUACCCUCAGCACCCAAGCACUCUGGGACUCAAGUUUACACGACUCCCUCCUUCUCAACCGUGUGACGGCAAACAACCACCGCGUCCUUCUUCAGCUCAACUGGGCAGUGGCCGUUGAGACAUGCUGCGAACCUGUGCAAUUCACUAUGGACAUCGCCGUCAGCAUGCAGACUCGAGAUGCCCGCCCACCCAAUCGUCUGGUUACUUUCUUAUCUUCCGGGAAAGUUCUUUCCAAGAUCAGCUCUAUCUUCAACGUUAAACUCUCACCGCCCCUCACUCGCUCUCCUAAAGACCUUUGGCGACUGGAUACGUCGGAGAAAUAUGUCCGGGGCGAGGAAUCUCUCGGCACGUGGAAACCUCGAGGCAUCUCCGUCGUGGAAGAUUAUAGUCGCUUGGUGCAGAUGGAACGUCGGGCAGCCGACGUCCAGGCCAUCCGCAUAAUUCUUGGGUCCGCCCCCACUACCAAUCGAUCAGAUCCUGGGUCCGCCAUUUGGGGCGCUGAGGCAUUGUUGAAAAAAUCGGUUGAUCUAUGGCAAAAACGUUUUGGCCAUCCUGGAGAGAUCGUUCUGAGCCAGGUACCUACAGAUCCUGAUGAGAUGGCGUCUCCAAAGAAAGCCCAGACUUUUCAACCCGUCGAAGACAUGAAAUUAAAUUCGGUCACCAACUUAGUCUCAAGAAGUGAUAGUCCUACGAAGAGAGGAUACCUCAUGAUCUUGACCGAUGCAAGCCAAGACGUAUGGGAAAAGCGGUGGUUUGUCCUCCGGAGACCCUACCUUCAUGUUUUCAUGCAUUCAAACGAACAGGAAGAAACCGGUGUCAUCACCCUCCAAGACGCGAAUGUUGAGAGCGAUCCAAGUAAGGAAGUGCUCUAUGGGAAACCGCUCGUAUUCACGCUUUUCACCUCCGCAAACUCGCACGCACUAGCGGCGCCAUCACUGAAGGAGCUCCAGUCUUGGACUUCGAAGCUCGAUCCUACGCGUUCCUUCUCAUGACAUCCACCGUUUACGCACACACUCAUUGGAAUUUAGGUCUUAUCAUAAUAUAACGUUCACGACAUGUACUUGUUCUGAUACCUAGUUAACAGUUUUAUCUACUGUAUGUGAAGAUUUCUUACUGGAAACGGCGAAG